GCCACCCUGCGUGUGGGCAAUGAUCGCCAGAGUAGGGGUCUUGUCUGUCGCAGGAUAUCAAUCGUACAGUAUUAGUCUGAGCUCUGGAUAACUGUGGUAUUGUAUAUGUAAUAGCAGGUUGGGGACAUAAAAGAAGCCGAAAGCCUGUCUUCAGCAUCGCUCUUUCACUGAAAAUCUACAUCAUCGUUCUCGAUUCCAUACAGCAACACCCGCUUGGAACAAACAACUCCUCAUUUAUUCACAUUUUAUCUCAAGGACACGUUUAUACUCCCUCAAUAUGCGUCGCACUUGGGCCUCUUUCUGCGUUGCAGCGACCGAAUUGGUCAUACAGGCUGCCGCAGCUAGCUCCGCUGGAUGCGGCACAACCCCAUCCCUCAGCAACGGACUCAACUACAUGGACGUCAACGGGCAGCCUCGGGAAUACAUUAUUCAGGCUCCUGACAACUACGACGCCAGCACUCCUCACAAACUCGUGAUCGGGUACCACUGGCGCGACGGCACCAUGAACAAUGUCGUCGAAAACGGAUUUUACGGGCUGCAGUCCCUCGCCGGGGACACACCCACCAUCUUCAUCGCUCCCCAGGGCCUGGGCAACGGCUGGGCCAACACCAACGGUGACGAUAUCACCUUCACCGACCAAAUCCUCGAAGCGAUAGAAUCCUCCUUCUGCAUUGACCAGGACCGCCGUUUCGCCACCGGCUGGAGCUGGGGCGGAGGCAUGAGCUACUCGGUGGCCUGUUCGCGAGCCGACGUCUUCCGCGCUGUUGCGGUUCUCUCUGGUGGUGAAAUCAGUGGCUGUGAUGGCGGUAGUGUCCCCAUUGCGUACUUUGGUCAGCAUGGAAUUAGCGAUAGCGUGCUGGGCGUCGAGCUCGGCCGUACAUUGCGAGACCACUAUGUUCAGGUGAAUGGCUGUGAUGCCGCGACUCCUCCUGAGCCGCAGCCUGGAAGCGGGACACAUGUUGUCACUGAUUACACGGGCUGUUCUGAGGGACAUCCUGUUCAGUGGGUUGCUUUUGAUGGCGAUCACGAACCACUUCCUUCGGACGCGGGUUCUUCGGAUUCAUUUACCCCUGGUCUUAUCUGGGAGUUCUUCUCUCAGUUCUAAGUUGGAUCAAUCGGACCUGCUUUGGAAUGGAAUUAUGGAGGGGAGGAUGGAGAAAAC